ACCAGAGAAGGGGGUCAUCCAGCUGGCAACGGCUGCCAUCCUCAAUGCUAUCUGGGAUAUGUGGGCGCAUGCAGAGGGCAAGGUGAACCAUUCUUUCCCUUUUUAUUUAUUUAUUUAACUUCUGCAGUUUAUGCCAGAUUGAGCCCAUAAAGUGAAGUUUCUUAUGCUCUUGUACCAAUAUCAUUGAACCCAUUGCAAAUAUCUUGCACCAUGAGCAGUCGCAAAAAAUACAGUAGAAACUGAUUCUGAUCAAAUGAUACCCAGUACAAAUAUAUAAAACCUACAGUUGUCACAACAGGUGAGAACCUGUAUUUUAAGUUGCAUGCAUGUAAUGUCUUCCCCCCCCCCUCCCCCCUAAUACAGCCCCUGUGGAAGCUCCUUGUGGACAUGGUAAGAUCAAAUGGCAAUAUAACCUCAAUAUGGAGUAUUUAAAUCAUCUCCGUCUGUAGCAUCCUUAUUUCUGUGACUUUAUUAGCUACAGGGCGAAGGUUAAGAGAGAUUCGUGUAAGUGGUUAGGGGUAUAUCUAUGUGUUUCACAGGACCCAAGGCAGCUUAUCCGCUGUAUAGAUUUCACUUACAUCACUGAUGUGCUCACUGAACAGGAAGCAUUCGGUGAGAAAAUUAUUAUUAAAUGAUGUUUACGCAGAAUUUUCUGGCUUACAAAGCUCUCUCUCUCUCUGGAGAUAGAUAUUCUGGAAAAAGCCAACAAAGGAAAGCAGCAGAGAGUGUGGGUGGUGAGAUUUUCCCCAGCAGAGAGUAGUGGUGUGAUGUCAGUUAAAACGUGUUCACAUUCAGACGGACUCAGCAGCCGCACAGCAACGUUUGUAUGUUUAAAACCAAAUUCAACUUCAUUUAGGAUUCUUUCAGACUUCCACUAACAAUUUGCCAGACAGACCAUACAAUACAACCAUAUCAGCAAAUUACACUAGCAAAUGACACGAUGACCCCUUUGAUCCUUGUAGAGGACCAGAUGGUGAAGGAAGGAUAUCCAGCCUACACCACAUCCUGUGCCUGGCUAGGAUAUUCAGAUGAACAGCUUACACAGUUGUGUUCUGCUGCAUUAAGUGAAGGAUGGACCAGGUUUAAAGUGAAGGUCGGGGCAGACUUACAGGAUGACAUUCACAGAUGCAGGCUCAUUCGAAACAUGAUUGGCCCAGAAAACAUGCUGAUGAUUGACGCCAACCAACGAUGGGAUGUCAAUGAGGCCAUUUCUUGGGUAAGCAAACUAGCAGAGUUCCAUCCACUGUGGAUUGAAGAACCUACCUCUCCUGAUGACAUCCUUGGACAUGCUGCCAUUUCAAGGGCUCUUGCACCUUUGGGUAUUGGAGUCGCAACAGGAGAACAGUGCCAUAACAGGGUGAUGUUUAAGCAGUUUCUGCAAGCCUCUGCUCUGCAGUUUGUUCAGAUUGACAGCUGUAGGGUGGGCAGUGUCAACGAAAACCUUGCCAUCAUGUUGAUGGCUGCCAAGUUCAAAGUUCCAGUAUGUCCUCACGCUGGUGGAGUGGGACUUUGCGAGCUUGUACAGCAUCUCAUUCUGUUUGACUAUAUCUCUGUGUCUGCAAGUUUGGACAACAGGAUGUGCGAAUAUGUGGACCACCUUCACGAGCAUUUCAAAAAUCCUACCGUAAUCAGAAAUGCACACUACAUGCCUCCUAAGGAUCCUGGAUUCUCAUGCGAGAUGUUGGAGUCAUCAGUGCAGAAACAUCAGUUUCCUCAUGGAGAGGUGUGGAGAUGCAUUUUGGGGCAGAAACACUCACCAAUAUUCUGAGUAACUGCUGAUUUAACAAACAGCAAAUCUUUAAUUUAGCCAGAUCUUUUCUUACAAUGAACAAAAAUGAUUUCAAAAAGUACUAAAUACUGUGAAAGUUAAUAGUUUUUGAUAGAAACAUUGAUACUUUUAUCUGUAAGUUGUCUGAAGGUUAGUAAUAAAAGGGCAUUAAAAUAACUAAUUAGAAAAACAUUGCACUUUAACCUGUGCCAUUUAUGAAUUUCACAAUUAAACUGUACUCUCAUCCUGCUUAGUCUGCAUAUUAUACUUUAAGCUAAGCUUUACAUUAACCACACUGCAUAUUCAAGUAUAGUGAACUUAUUGUUAAUUGUAUGCUACUGAAAUAGUUACAUGUGGAGUGUUAAUUUAGAUUGAAACGAAGCCAACCAAGUAUUUUACCUGAAUAUUUACAUUUCUUGCAAAAUCACUGACUAACAAUAUAAUGGACAGUAUGUAAUCCUAAAUGAGACUGUUACAGAAGGAUGCCUGUUUACAUUUACCAAGAGGUUAUGUUGUUUAAACUGCCAUCUGCAUCUUGAUUGCGGAGUGUGGCUCAUAGUUGCAUAAAUCAAAAUCCUCAGCUCGAAAAUCAUCAAUGCGUUCCACGUUGCGAAGGAUCUUCAGUUUAGGAAAAGGUCGUGGCUCCCUUUGAAGCUAUAGGAGAGAGGAGGAAGAAAAACAUUAACGUAAACCAAUACAUACGCUGUUUGCGUGCACACGCUUUAAUAUAGUAUUCACCUCACCUGCACUUUUAGAGGCUCAAUGUGAUUGAGGUAGAUGUGGGCAUCACCAAGAGUAUGUACAAAAUCACCAGGCUGAAGAGGAUAGAAGGAAAAACAAAAAACCAAUGCAGAACAUCCACCAUGAGAAUAAAAGGAGUGUUAAUAUUUUUAGUAUCCAUCACUGUGGAAUUGAAUGCUUGUUUUUUUUUUUUUUAACCUGUCAUGAUGCACAAAAGAGGAGCCGUAAACUGGCAAGGAUUAGGACUUCUAAUUUUAAGAAGUUUUAAAAGUUAGCAUAACACCAUAGGACCGCGAGUUGGCCUAGUGGUUAGUGUGUCUGCCUCUCGACCAGGAGAUCACAAUUUCUAUUCGCAGUCAGGUCAUACCAAAAGACAAUCAUAAAAAUGGUACCUACAACCAUCUGGCAAGACACGCUGCAAUACAGAUGCGAGUGGCGAAGUCAAACUCUUGCAGUUACCAGAGGACUAGCCCAUCACUAUAACCCUAGCUGUACAGGCGAGAGGCUGAGGGCUAUGGAAACUGAGAUCGGCACUGCACCCAUACACCUUAAAGGAGAAAUGAAGUCAUUUUUAAACUUGCUUUAUUUCUUAAUUAACGUGUUAUUCAAUUACAUUUUCGGUUUUAGUAACCUUACAUCGUGACUCGUAUUGGCAACUAAUUGCAAUUAAAUAUUAUACUUAUCGGCCUAUUCGGUUUUUAGCCAUGUUGAAUUUAGUUCGUUUGGUCCACGGCAGGUGUCAGUUAUCCUCACAAGACUUGUGCAAGACUUCGAAACGUGAAGUGUCAGCCAGGUGUCAGUGCCACCAUUUUGAAAGCUAUUUUCCAAAUGAAAUAUUGCACAAAAACGAGUUUAAAUGACAAUUACUAACUACUUUUUCAAACUUUCCUGAUUGCUAUCAAAACAAACAAAACUUCCAGCUUGAUUACGUCAGCAUUCGAAAGAGGGCGCGCGCGUCUUUUGACAACGUUGGCAGAUGUCAGUCACUUUGAUUUCCGCUGUACGUUUUACUUCCAUCCUACAAUGUCUCACAGGUCUCAACGAAUCUCGUUUACUGCCAUUGCUUUGACAUACAUACUGAUUUAUUACACAGCAUAUUUCAAAAACACAACUUGCUAUAGCAGUGACGAUAGCUAUCAAAAAUGCAUUCCUAUAUUUAAUAAAAUGAGAAAUAGAAUUUUGAAAAAAAAAAAUUUUUGCCUUCAGUUCUCCUUUAAAGAGUUGUUAGUAAUGGGAAGACCAUAUUCUGGCAUGAGAAGGACUUUGACUUUAAUACCAACAGCCAAUCAUGAAAAAUAUUUUGUAACUUUAUAUAGUUUUUAGCUUCUUAUAUGGUUGGUUAAGAUAAUGCUGGCACAAAUUAUUCUGAAUCAAUUACACUGAUAAAUUGAUAGGAAAUAAUACGGCUCCAACAUUUGGAAGAGUGUAUACUGUUAUACAUCUUAUAUUGAUAGAACUCAUGAAUGAAAUGUGGAUAAUCAAUAAACGGCCACAAAAGUGUUAUUUGCAAAAGGAAAGUUAGAAUGUUAAACAAAGGGCUUUAAAGUACACUGAUACUGACCUAAAAAAAAUAAAAUCAGAAUGCAAGUUA